AUGGGACCUUUGAAUCUUCUAGCCGUGGUUCUGUGCAUGUGCUGUCAUGUUCAGAUUGUAUUCGCUUGGACGGUGAAUAAUUUCCUCAUGACUGGACCAAAGGCUUUUCUGACCCAUGCCAGCAGUGUGCAAGUGGGCGCACAAAGCGGAAUACAAGAGUGUAAACACCAGUUCGAGUGGGACAGGUGGAACUGCCCAGAGAACAUGCUCCAAUUAUCCACACACAACGGCCUUCGAAGUGCCACAAAGGAGACGUCUUUUGUCCAUGCCAUCAGCGCGGCCGGGGUGAUGUACACGCUCACCAGGAACUGUAGUAUGGGAGACUUUGACAACUGCGGCUGCGAUGACUCCAGGAUUGGACAGACAGGUGGUAGAGGAUGGAUUUGGGGUGGCUGCAGUGAUAAUGUGGCGUUUGGAGAGACGAUCUCCAAACAGUUUGUGGACGCGCUUGAAGGUGGGCACGAUUCGCGCGCAGCAGUCAACUUACAUAACAACGAGGCAGGCCGACUGGCAAUCAAAGCUACUAUGAGGAGAGCCUGUAAGUGUCACGGGGUGUCUGGAAGCUGCACCAUCCAAACCUGCUGGAUGCAGCUGGCUGACUUCAGAGAAGUGGGCAACUACCUGAAGAUGAAGCACGAGCAUGCAAAGAAACUGGAGAUGGACAAGAAGCCUGUGAGGGCUGGGAACAGCGCAGACAACCGAGGAGCCAUCGCGCACGCUCUACGGAGCAUCGCCCCUACAGAGCUGAUUUACCUGGAGGAUUCCCCGGAUUACUGCGUCAAGAACCACAGCCUGGGAUUUCAGGGCACAGAGGGGCGGGAGUGUCUGAAGGGUGACAAGAACAUGUCCCAGUGGGAGAAAAAGAGCUGCCGCAGGCUGUGCUAUGAAUGCGGCCUCAGAGUGGUGGAGAAGCGCAUAGAGGUUGUCAGCAGCUGCAACUGCAAAUUUCACUGGUGCUGUACCGUCAAGUGUGACAAAUGCACGCAAGUUGUUACUAAAUAUUACUGUGCACGUAAAGAAGGCGGGAGAAAACCACACAACAAAACGAAGCACAAGCACGGUGCGCGCCGGCACUGAUUGUCAUUUGUUGCACAGACUAUUGAGUCAGUUCGCUCAUUUUUAUUUCAUUAUAUUCAGCAUUAUGGACAUUAUGGCCCAAGCAUUAUUCUGUAUUAAAAGAAUAUUAUUUUCAUUUUGAAAUAACCCAUCACCUAAAACAUUUUAAUGCACUUUAUUUUAUUGAUUUGAUUCGAUUCUGUAUAUGAAUCAAAAUUAUGAGGAUUAUGACUCUCCGCGCAUGCUCAGUCGUUUAUGCUGUUGUUUAGGUCGGAUACGUCUUCUGGGAAGCCUGAAAAUGGUCUAAAA